GCAAAGAAGAAGGAGAUGGAGGGCAUGAUGAUUCUCACUCAUGAGUGCAGUGCCAUCAUCCAGAGGCUUGUUGUUCCAAAGAAGCUAGAAGAUCCAGGAUGCUUCACAUUACCUUGUGCUCUUGGACCUAUGGUAUUUGAUAGAUGUCUCUGCGAUUUGGGAGCUAGUGUCAGCUUGAUGCCUUUAUCUGUUGCUAAGAAGCUCGGUUUCACUCAGUAUAAGAAGUGUAGACUGUCUCUGGUAUUGGCUGAUCGUUCAGUGAAGUACCCGGUGGGUAUCUUGGAGGACCUCCCCGUUAUGGUUGGAAAAUAUGAGAUCCCUACAGACUUUGUGGUGCUUGAGAUGGGUGAGGAAGCUGCAGAUCCUUUAAUCCUUGGAAGGCCUUUCUUAGCUACAGCAGGAGCAAUUGUUAAUGUGAAAGAGGGCAAGAUUGAUCUCCACUUGGGUAAAGGGCAUGUUCUUCACUUUGACAUCAAGGAGGUAAUGAAGAAACCAACAGUUCAAGGGCAAGUUUUCUACAUUGAAGAGAUGGAUGCCCUUGCUGAUGAGCUCCUUGAAGAAUUGUCAAUAGAAGACCCUCUACAGCAUGCUUUGACGAUAGAGAGGCCAGCUGAAGUGAUUCAGAACCUGGAGAGUGCUGCCUAUGGGAUGAUGUUGGAUUCACACAGAGGAUUUGGUAGUAAGGAUCAGUAUGAGGAGCUGCCUCAAAUUGUCCAUCAGGAAGCCUCGGUCAUUCAACAAGGGGACACCCAGCAAAACGACUGGAGCGAGCUUAAGGCGCCUAAGGUGGAGCUUAAACCUCUCCCCAAUGGUGUAAGGUAUGCAUUUCUUGGUCCUAAUGGAACUUAUCCAGUCAUUGUGAGUAGUGAACUUACUGAAACUGAGCUAUCUGAACUUUUGAAAACACUUAAAAGAUUUAGAAAAGCAAUAGGUUACUCACUUGAUGACAUCAAGGGAAUAUCACCCUCUUUGUGUAUGCAUAGGAUACAUCUUGAGGAUGAAUCAAUGACUUCUAUCGAGCAUCAAAGAAGGUUAAAUCCUAACCUGAAGGAUGUUGUAAAGAAAGAGAUUCUUAAACUCUUAGAUGCUGGUGUUAUCUACCCUAUCUCAGAUUCUAAAUGGGUAUCUCCUGUGCAUGUUGUGCCAAAAAAGGGUGGUAUAACUGUGAUUAAAAAUGACAAGGAUGAAUUGAUACCAACAAGAACAGUCACUGGGCAUAGGAUGUGUAUUGAUUACCGCAAACUGAACUCUGCAUCUAGAAAGGAUCAUUUUCCACUUCCAUUUAUUGAUCAGAUGCUUGAGAGACUUGCAAAUCAUCCAUUCUAUUGUUUUCUUGAUGGAUAUUCAGGAUUCUUCCAGAUCCCCAUACAUCCCAAUGAUCAGGAGAAAACAACAUUCACAUGUCCUUAUGGUACCUUCGCAUAUCGAAGAAUGCCAUUUGGUCUAUGUAAUGCUCCAGCCACCUUUCAAAGGUGCAUGAUGUCGAUCUUUUCUGAUCUGAUUGAGGAUGUUGUGGAGGUGUUCAUGGAUGAUUUCUCUGUCUAUGGAUCUUCGUUUUCUGCUUGUUUGUCAAAUUUGUGCAGGGUCCUACAGAGAUGUGAAGACACCAACCUUGUGCUGAACUGGGAGAAGUGUCACUUCAUGGUCAAAGAAGGGAUUGUGCUGGGGCACAAGAUUUCAGAGAAGGGGAUUGAGGUGGAUAAGGCCAAAAUCGAUGUUAUGGUUGGUUUGCCCCCACCAAAGACAGUGAAAGACAUCCGAAGUUUUCUUGGUCAUGCUGGGUUUUACAGGAGAUUCAUAAAGGACUUCUCC